AUGAAACCUCCCUCAGGACUGGAGGAGACCCAGCGGCGGCAGGCCUCAGACAUCCGGGUGUUCGCCAGCAGCUGCACGAUGCACGGUCUGGGUCACAUCUUUGGCCCUGGAGGACUGACCCUGCGCCGUGGGCUGUGGGCCACAGCUGUGCUCCUGUCGCUGGCGGCCUUCCUCUACCAGGUGGCUGAACGGGUUCGAUACUAUGGGGAGUUCCACCAUAAGACCACCCUGGAUGAGCGUGAGAGCCACCAGCUUACCUUCCCAGCUGUCACUCUGUGUAAUAUCAAUCCACUGCGCCGCUCACGCCUCACACCCAAUGACUUGCACUGGGCUGGAACAGCGCUGCUGGGCCUGGACCCUGCUGAACAUGCUGCCUACCUUCGUGCCCUGGGCCAGCCCCCUGCACCACCUGGCUUCAUGCCCAGUCCGACUUUUGACAUGGCACAACUCUACGCCAGAGCUGGCCACUCUCUUGAGGACAUGUUGCUGGAUUGCCGAUAUCGUGGCCAGCCCUGUGGGCCUGAGAACUUCACAGUGAUCUUCACUCGAAUGGGGCAGUGCUAUACCUUCAACUCUGGUGCCCACGGGGCAGAACUGCUCACCACUCCAAAGGGUGGUGCUGGCAAUGGAUUGGAGAUUAUGCUGGAUGUACAGCAAGAGGAGUAUCUGCCCAUCUGGAAGGACAUGGAAGAGACUCCGUUUGAGGUGGGGAUCCGAGUGCAGAUCCACAGCCAGGAGGAGCCCCCUGCCAUUGACCAGCUGGGCUUCGGGGCGGCCCCAGGCCACCAAACUUUUGUGUCCUGCCAGCAGCAGCAACUGAGUUUCCUGCCACCACCCUGGGGUGACUGCAAUAGUGCAUCUGUGGAUCCCGACUUUGAUCCAGAGCCCUCUGAUCCCCUGGGUUCCCUUAGCCCCAGCCCCAGCCCUCCUUAUAGUUUAAUAGGGUGUCGCCUGGCCUGUGAGUCCCGCUAUGUGGCUCGGAAGUGCGGAUGUCGAAUGAUGCAUAUGCCUGGAAACUCUCCAGUGUGCAGCCCCCAGCAGUACAAGGACUGUGCCAGCCCGGCUCUGGACGCUAUGCUGCGAAAGGACACGUGUGUCUGUCCCAACCCUUGCGCCACUACACGCUAUGCCAAGGAGCUCUCCAUGGUGCGGAUUCCUAGCCGCGCUUCAGCUCGCUAUCUGGCCCGGAAAUACAAUCGUAGCGAGACCUACAUCACGGAGAACGUACUGGUUUUGGAUAUUUUCUUUGAGGCCCUCAACUAUGAGGCAGUGGAACAAAAGGCGGCAUAUGAAGUGUCAGAGCUGCUGGGAGACAUUGGGGGACAGAUGGGACUGUUUAUUGGAGCCAGCCUGCUUACCAUCCUCGAGAUCCUCGAUUACCUCUGUGAGGUUUUUCAAGACAGAGUCCUGGGGUACUUUUGGAACAGAAGGAACUCUCAAAGGCGCUCUGGCAACACUCUGGUCUCCUGCCACUCCCUGUGCUGUCACCAAGACCCUCUCUGCCUCCCAUCGUACCUGUUACCUCGUCACAAGGCUCUAGACCUGCUUGGUUGCACCAUGACAUCUUGGACAUGUCCAGCUUGUACAUCUUUGCUGUCUUCACCCUAAUAAAGCUCUAUCUAGUACAUGUGUCUCAGGUGUCUGCCUUACAGAUCAGACACUAGGAGAGUCAAUGGCAGGCCCUCCAGCCUCAUCCAUUCUCCUGCUGGAACCAGGGCCCCAAUUAUACUUAACAACUCGCUUGAGGUGGGGGUAAUUUUAAGAUGAGAUCAGUCAGGCACACCUUAGUAUUAAUGAACUUCUCAAACCCAUUUUCUUUUAAUUUUGUUUUUCUUGAGUAAUGGGGACUGUACCUUGAGUCUGGAGGACUCCCACUACACUAUGUGAGUAUUUCCCCAUGGACGUACACCCCCAUCACUUUUGUUCUGAGGCAGGGUCUCAUAUACUUCUGGCUGGGGUUGUACUAUGCAGCCA